AUGUCGGAACAAGUGCGCAGACACGACCAUACUAAAUGGAAUGUCUUCAAAGCGCCCUAUAUGCUUAUGGAUAAAGGUUUGAGUACUCCAAACUCAUUGACUAGUUGGAUCGCUACGUGUAACAAAACCACUCUGCUGUUUCCGAGUGCGUUCGUAGUGCCUGCCGACCUUCUGAAAAAACACCCAAUCAAUCACUACCUCAUUGACGACGACGACUGGUUGGCAAUCAAAUACCUGACAGAAGACACACCGGGAUUCGAGUGGACAGAAGAAUUCGUUCAGAACUUUGCUACUCUUGAAAGUUUCAUUAAGUUCGUCGCCACGAUUCCCGGGAAUGAUCAAAAGAAGAAAAUAUACGUACGCACAAUUCCAGCUCUCCCGAUGGGUGAUUUUGGUGGAACGGAUGUACGAGUGUUCAUUGAUGAAGUCGCAGAGGUUAUCCCCCUUUUGAGAGAACAACAGGGUGAUACAUUCAAUAAGCCACAUGAACAUUGUGAUAAUAUCCAGAAAAAAUUAAAAUUAGCUGACCAAGGCUUUUACGCCACUAUUUCACUGGAACAAUUUGAGAAAUUGCUUGAGGUGUACGAUAUAGACAAGUCAUUGAUUACGCUAGUCGAUGACCCAAACUGGUUGAUGGGAUGCGUAUCGUUUGUAAACACUGGUGUCCACUUCAAAAUGCUUAGUGUUAACGGGGAUGUGAUCUGCAGCAAGGAUCAAGCAGCGUUAUACUUGUUUCAGACUUUGGUCUGCGGUGUGGACUGGCAUGGCGUCGACUUUGCUGUCAGACUUGACAUUCUUCAAACAGUUCAUUCGCUAGCCGAUUAUCAAAAAGACCUCUAUGUUUUGUAUGAACCGAUUGUGAAGCUUAUUGUCAAUUCCAAAAUAAAGCAUGCGGAAAUCUACAGAAACUACGGGUCAACAGACAAUGUCAUGUUUUACAACGAAUCUCCAGUCACUUUGGUUGACCACAGCGACUAUGUUCUUCUCUGCGACCGAUAUGGAUUGCCACUAUACGAAGCCUUUGAAGACAAAUUGGCCCCUUACCCCGUUUGGUACCUCAGAGCUCUGCUCAUGCUGGGUUGGAUCCACGGCUGCGUACAAAAUGACGAAUAUUUGGAGAUGUAUAUUCUUGAUAUUGCAAAAACUAUCAUGACUGCCCUCAUGCUAGCCAUUCCACAGGGAAAGCGUCAGUUAAUGAAAGAAGUCACAAAUGAGGCUAUCCGUUUCCAUUCAGAAAUAAUUAUUUUCGAUGAAGAACAAGUCGUUAAAGCACCUUUUCAAAGAAAGCGUCUCUUGAAUGCUGACACACAAGUAACACAGCAAGAAGAGGGACCAAAGCCUACUGGAUCUGAAAAUGUGAAGACCCGUGAAACAAAUAAACGCAAAUAA